AUGAGGUCCUUCAAAAGUGUUAUUGCUAAGGCGAAAUCGGAACACAUUGGCAGAAUUGGCGAGAGAUUGGCGCGUCUCCCAACGGGAACACGUGCGUUUUUGUCUCUCGCCAAAGCUGUCUUGGGAAAUUUCUGUAAGCCUUCUUUUCCACCCCUGCACACGGAGGAUGACUCGCUGGCCCAUGCCGCGAAGGAGAAAGCCGAUCUUCUGGGCUCUCUCUUCGCGUCCAACUCGACUUUGGAUGACCGAGGAAAAUUACCACCAACAAUCCCGCGUUGCGAUGCUACGAUGCCGGAGGUUCAAUUUCGGCAAAGUGCAGUUCGCAGAGCACUCUUUUCCUUGGACAUUCAUAAGUCGAGUGGGCCCGAUGGCAUCCCUCCGAUCGUGUUGAAGACAUGUGCUCCAGAGUUGGCACCGGUUUUGACGCGUCUUUUCCGGCUCUCCUAUACUCUAGGUGUAUUCCCGAAAACCUGGAAGGCCGCUUUAGUGCACCCGAUCCCUAAGAAAGGCAACAGCUCGGAUCCGUCCAACUACAGGCCUAUAGCCAUCACCUCCUUGCUCUCCAAGAUAAUGGAGACCAUCAUUAACUGCCAGCUCCUGCGGUACCUAGAGGAGCACCAGCUGAUUAGCGACCGCCAGUACGGCUUUCGUCGAGGUCGCUCAGCCGGUGAUCUUCUGGUUUACCUGACACACAGAUGGGCAGAAGCAGUUGAGAGCAAGGGGGAGGCGCUUGCAGCCAGUCUGGACGUAGCGAAAGCCUUUGAUCGGGUGUGGCACAAAGCACUUCUUUCGAAGCUGCCUUCCUAUGGGCUUCCCGGGAAGUUAUGCAACUGGAUCACUAGCUUUUUGGCAGAUCGGAGCAUCAAGGUCGUCGUCGCCGGUGCAUGCUCUGAUCCUAAAUUUGUCAAUGCUGGUGUUCCACAAGGCUGCGUACUGUCCCCCACUUUGUUUCUUCUGCAUAUCAAUGAUAUGUUGCAAAUCAGCAGCGUUCAUUGCUAUGCGGAUGAUAGCACUGUGGAUGUUUCGUACACAGGCCGUGCUAACAUUUCUCGGGAAAACGUCUACGAGAGACGGAACAAACUUGUGUCUGAAGUCGAGACUUUGUUAACAAAAGUCUCAGACUGGGGUCGACUAAAUUUAGUCCAAUUCAACCCCGAUAAGACACAAGUUUGCGCGUUAACCGCUAAAAAGUCCCCAUUUGUCGUGACUCCUCAUUUUGAGAACACUCCCCUGUCUGUCACAGCUAGUAUCGGAAUACUUGGCGUCGAAAUCUCGAGCAAUGUCCAGUUCCGCGGUCAAUUGGAAAGUAAGGCCAAAUUGGCCUCAAAGAAGCUCGGUGUGCUCAGCAAGGCGAGGCAGUACUUCACGUCGGCUCAACGCCUAAACCUUUAUAAGGCGCAAAUUCGGCCCCACAUGGAGUACUGCUCUCACCUCUGGGCGGGAGCCCCCUGUUACCAGCUUCUUCCAUUUGACCGCAUCCAACGUAGGGCAGCUAGGGUUAUCGACGAUCAAGGUCUUUCCGAUCAGCUUGAUCCUUUGGCUAUGCGUAGAGAUGUUGGGUCACUCUGCAUCUUCUACCGCAUCUAUCACGGGGAGUGUUCCGAGGAAUUGUUUGGAUUGAUCCCAGCGGCUGAAUUUCACCAUCGGACAUCGCGCCAAAACCAAAAAUUUCAUCCACACCACCUCGAUGUCCAGCGUUCCACAACAGCGCGAUUUUCAAGGCAUUUCCUGCCUCGCACAACCACUCUGUGGAACCAGCUGCCGCCGGCGGUCUUUCCGAACCGUUACGACCUGGGAACCUUCAAGAAGAGAGCGUACUCAUUCCUAAAAGGCCGGCAACGCAUUUGUAAGCCCUCGGGUGUUGCAGAUGUCCAUGGGCGGCGG